ACUUGUGAAAGUAUUCAUUUUUUACUCUUAAUUUAACUUUAUUUGUUCAAAUAAGUUGUUUGUUUCCCAAAAAUAAAAAACAAAAAAUUAUUAAAUUGAAACGGUGUUUGAGCCGUCUUAAAGCUUCAAACGUGUAACCAUUCAAGCACUUUGUGAAUAAAACGUGGAAUUAAAAAAAUAAUGGACGUGGAAAAAUCAAGUAGCAGCUCUUUCGAAGACCUUACCAAUGCCGAGGACACAAAGGACAUUCGAGCAGCGCAGGUCGCUGCAAGUGUAGCCGAAACAUUGGCAGCUCAAGUUGACAACGAUAACGAUGACAAUGCAAAGACGCAAACAGCCAAUGAUGAAGAGAGUGCUGGUGAUGGGGAGGGGGGAGACAACGAAGAGGACGUGUGUGAUAUUUUGGGAAAUAAGCAGCUGUUGAAGCGCAUCAUCAAAAAGGCACCAUCGAGUGAAAAGCGUCCGAAUCGUGGUGAUUUGGUCACUAUAACAUUUACUGGCAAACUGGAAGAUGGCACCGUUGUGGAGAAGGAGGAACGCUUCCAGUGCCACGUAGGCGACUACGAGGUGGUGCAGGGUCUGGACAUGGUUCUGCCCAUGAUGCAUGUGGGCGAACUGGCCGAGAUUACAGUUGAUCCACGUUUCGGCUAUGGUACUCUGGGCCUUAAGAAGGAGAAUUCAACGGAAGUGAUUGUGGCACCAAAUGCGCAUCUUAUCUAUGAUGUAGAGCUCAUAGAUGCGAAGUACGAAGACUUUGCGGAUCUGAAGUCAUUUGAAGUGCUGCGCAAAUAUGGUGCUAGAAAAAAGGAGCGUGCAAAUUACUUUUACAAGCGGGUGGAAUACAAUAAUGCUAUCCACCUGUACAGACGUGCUUUGGAUUACUUGGACAAUCGCGAUGGUGACCCGGAUGCAGAGUUUGGCAAAGAAGACUUGGAGCUGUCGAAUAGUGAUUCGCAGAGUCUGUUGGAGGAUCGAUUGAUUGUGUAUAAUAAUCUGGCGAUGGCUCAAAUCAAAAUUGGUGCAUUCGAUGCUGCGCUGCAGUCCGUAGAACAUGUGCUGCGGUGUCAGCCCAACAAUCCCAAGGCAUUGUACCGCAAGGGCAGGGUGCUAGAGGGCAAGGCUGACACACAGGGCGCCAUCAAGCUGUUGCAGAAGGUGGCCACUUUGGAGCCCGAUAAUCGUGCAGUUCAAUCGGAUUUGGCUCGACUUUUUAUUAAGGCACGUCGCGAGGAGCACAACGAAAAGGAGAUGUAUCAAAAAAUGUUGGGACAGGCCAAGAAAAUGGAGCAAACGACUGCUGUUAGGCAAAAAACUCCGUUGGUGGACAAUUCCAAGCUAAAACUUCUGGGUUUCCUGAUGGGUUCCAUUUUAAUUGGUGUUGCUGGUGUUGCUAUUUAUCGUUAUAAGUACUGAGAAUGAGGAAAGAACAAAACAAACAUAACAUAAUUGUAAUCUGAACUACUGAGUACUUUAAGCAAUUGAAAUGCAUUUUUAAAAAUGGUACACACAUUCUUCAUCAUAAAGCGAAAUUAUUAAUGUUGGAAACGAUGCAAUGAUGGUUGCUUACUUGUUGUAAUAACAUAAACAUUUGUUGUAAAUCAAUUACUAUGCACACACUUUCAAAAUAGUAAUGUUAGAUCAAAUGCUAUGGUUCUUAUUUUCCGAUAAUUUUAAUUAUAAAAUCCUAAUUUUAAUGAUUUGCGAAAUAUACAAAUACCCAAGCCUUUUAAAACAAA